AUGCAGAUGAGAAAUGGUGGAUUAUGUUUCUCUCAUGGGUCAUUUGCAGCUCUUCCUCCUCUGCGAACAAGAAGAAAUUUUCACCCAUUAGCUGCACAACUCACUGCUCCUUCAAGAACUCAAAGGAUAAUGGAGAGUAUAUCAGUAAGUGGGGAAGUUGGAGGUGCUGGUGGGGUUUACUCAUACAAUGCUUUGAAAAGAUUGGAUGGCUUAUGGUCUAGCAUUUGCUCUGCUUCACCAGUUGUCGAGGAACCCCAGAAAGUGGUAUCAAACGUGCCCGGUCUAUUUUGUGAUUCCGAUCAGGCUGAAAAAGGCGAUGAUGCAUUUGAUGUUUUAGUUUGUGGUGGCACAUUGGGGAUUUUUAUUGCCACUGCUUUGAGUUCAAGAGGUCUUCGAGUAGCGAUUGUGGAGAAGAGUGCAUUGAAAGGGAGGGAACAAGAAUGGAAUAUAUCGAGGAAAGAGCUUCUGGAGCUUGUUGAAGUUGGGAUUCUAACAGAAGAUGACAUCGAUCAUGUCACUGCUGCUAGCUUCAACCCUAAUAGAUGCGGAUUUGAAGGGAAGGGUGAAAUUUGGGUUAAUGACAUUCUCAAUCUUGGUAUUUCGCCUGCCAAGCUUAUCGACAUCAUGAGAAACCGCUUGGAUUCCUUAGGUGGUGUCAUAUUUGAGGGUUGCAGUGUAUCUCACAUAUCAAUUUAUGAAGAUGCAGCUGUAUUGCAACUGGCUGAUGGGAAGAUCUUGUCAUCACGUCUCAUAAUCGAUGCAAUGGGAAAUUUUUCGCCUGUUGUCAGACAAAUCAGAUGUGGGAGAAAACCGGACGGUGUCUGCCUUGUGGUCGGUUCUUGCUGCUGUGGUUUUAAAGAAAAUACUAAAAGCGACGUGAUAGUUAGUAGUGCUUCAGUAAAAAGGGUCGGACAAUCUGUUGCGCAAUAUUUUUGGGAGGCUUUCCCUGCUGGCUCGGGUCCCCUCGACCGAACAACUUACAUGUUCACCUAUCUUUAUCCGGAACCCGAGUGUCCCCUAUUAGAAGAGUUGCUAGAGGAUUAUUGGGAGUUAAUGCCUAAAUACCAAGGCGUGUCUCUUGAUGAUCUGGAGGUGUUGAGAGUAAUAUAUGGCAUUUUUCCUACGUAUCGUGACAGCCCUCUGCCUGCAGCUUUUGAUCGUGUUCUACAGUUUGGGGACUCAAGUGGCAUACAAUCGCCAGUUUCUUUCGGCGGCUUUGGGAGCUUGACAAGGCAUCUCGGAAGAUUAUCAGCCGGAAUUUACGAAGCGGUCAAUGGUAAUUAUCUGGAUGCCCAGAGCUUGUCACUUUUAAACCCAUACAUGCCCAACUUGAGCGCAUCCUGGUUGUUUCAACGAGCCAUGUCUGCCAAAAGAGGGUCCAAUGUUUCAUCUACUUUUAUAAAUGAGCUACUACAUGCCAAUUUCGAAAGCAUGCAGAAACUCGGGGAUCCAGUGCUUCGACCAUUUCUGCAGGAUGUGAUUCAGUUUGGUCCACUCGUCAAGACAUUAGGUUUAGUGAUGGUGACUCGGCCGCUUAUUAUACCAUCAAUCUUUAAGCAGGUUGGUCUCCCGGUGCUGGUCGACUGGUCAGGACAUUUUUUUAUGUUGGGUUACUACACGUUCCUUUCCUCGUACAUCGAUCCCCUAAUUAGACCAUUAUUGAGCAGUUUUGCAGACAAGACAAGGUAUGAAUGGAAGCAAAAGCUCAAUGCCUGGAAAUCAGAAUGGGAGUUUUGUGCCUCUGACUCUGAGCGGCAACAGCCAAGGUCGUCAACCCUUCUCCUCGUCUGGCUUUUAAUGUUCUGUUUGAUGCUUUCCAAAUUGCGAAUUGAGUUCACGAGGAAGAAUGCACGGAAAAUUCGGUUGCUGUCUACAGUACCUGAAGAUCAGUCACAACAAGCUGAUGGCACCAGCUUCAAAGCACCAGAUUCUGCUGCUACUCUUGCGGGCAUUAGCGUUGACAAAUCUGUUGAGUUCUCAUACGAAGAACUUGCAAACGCAACUGAUGACUUCAGCAUUGCAAAUAAGAUUGGUCAAGGUGGGUUCGGUGCUGUCUACUAUGCCGAGCUCAGAGGCGAGAAAGCGGCUAUAAAGAAAAUGGAUAUGGAAGCUAGCAAAGAAUUUCUUGCUGAGCUGAAUGUUUUGACACGUGUUCAUCACCUCAACCUGGUGCGCUUGAUUGGAUAUUGUGUCCAGAGCUCACUUUUUCUUGUGUAUGAAUACAUCGAGAAUGGAAAUUUAAGUCAACAUCUCAGAGGUUCAGGAAGGGAACCACUGCCAUGGUCAACCAGGGUACAAAUUGCUCUAGACUCAGCGCGAGGCCUUGAAUAUAUUCACGAACACACUGUUCCAGUUUACAUCCAUCGUGAUAUCAAGUCAGCAAAUAUUUUGAUAGACAAGAAUUUCCAUGGGAAGGUAGCAGACUUUGGUUUGACGAAACUAACUGAAGUUGGAAAUAGUUCGCUGCCAACUGGCCGACUUGUGGGUACAUUUGGUUACAUGCCUCCUGAGUAUGCACAGUACGGUGAUGUUUCUCCUAAAGUCGAUGUGUUUGCUUUCGGUGUUGUCCUUUACGAGUUGAUCUCAGCUAAGGAAGCCAUAGUCAAGGACAACAGUUCUGGCGUUGACUCGAGGGGCCUUGUUGCUUUAUUUGAAGACGCGUUUAGCAAGCCCGACGAGACCGAAGAACUGAUCAAGCUGGUCGACCCUCGCCUCGGAGAUAAUUACCCCCUUGACUCAGUCCUAAAGGUGGCACAAUUGGCGAGGGCUUGUACUCAUGAGGAUCCUCAACUGCGGCCGAGCAUGAGAUCGAUUGUGGUGGCAUUGAUGACUCUAUCGUCCUCGACCGAGGAUUGGGAUGUCGGCUCUUUCUACGGGAAUCGGGGCCUUUUAAAUCUAAUGUCCGGUAGGUAG